GCGCGCGCGCGCAGGUGGGGGUGGGCGUCGCCUACGUCGUGGGCGGUGGCAGGCAGCACAAACAAGCAAACCUUCCAAUUUACUCCUCCCCACCUUCCCCCCAUCCUCCUCCUCCUUCCCCCAAAUCUCUAUUCCGAUUCCGGCUCCUCCUCCUCCUCCUCCUCCUCCUCCUCCUUGCGCAACAACAACAACAAAUCCCACGGGCACGCGAUUCCGAUCCCGGCAUCCCGCGAGAGGACAUCCCGCGCGUCGAUUGCUCGCUUCCCGGCAUGCGGCGGGGCGGCGCUGCGGUGGCGGCGGACGCGGAGGCGCGGUUCCGCGGCGUGCGCAAGCGGCCCUGGGGCCGGUACGCGGCGGAGAUCCGCGACCCGGCCAAGAAGGCGCGGGUCUGGCUCGGCACCUUCGACUCCGCCGAGGACGCCGCGCGCGCCUACGACGCCGCCGCGCGCGUGCUCCGCGGGCCCAAGGCCAGGACCAACUUCCCCCCCUCCCUCCCCCACCACCACCAACUCCCGGCCACCUACCCAUCCUACCCCGCCGCCGUCCCGCCGCCGGUCGCCGCCGCCAUGCCGGCCUGCAGCAGCCUCAGCUCCACCGUCGAGUCCUUCGGGGGCCCGAGGGCGCGGCCGGCGCUCCCGCCGCGGCCCCCGCCGCCGCCGCUCCUCGACGGCGACUGCCGCAGCGACUGCGGCUCCUCGGCCUCGGUGGUCGACGACGACUGCACGGACGCCGCCGCCUCGCCCUCCUGCUGCCUCCUGCUCCCCUUCGACCUCAACCUGCCCGCCGAUGGCACCGCCGCCCCAUCUAACGACGACGACGACGAGCUCAGGCUCACGGCGCUGCGGCUCUGAAGCCCCAACAACCCACCACCGGUGGUCAGAGACAGAGGAAAAGGAGAAAAAUAUUUGGUUCUUCCAUUCUCUCCGUAGCCAGCCAGCGCAGGCGCGCGGUCCGCCCGCCCUCCUCGAUGGCUCCCCCCAUGUAUGUUGAUGAUGUUUACGCGAUCCGAUGAUGAUCAUUAAUACGGCCUGAUCUGCGAAUCAGCCUGCUCGUCGCCGGUGAUUACUGCCGGCUUCCGCGGCAGCUGGCUGUGCUUGUGGUGUAAUAUAGCAACAUUUUACCUGCUUCCCCUUGUGAGGGAGCAGACAACUAAAGUAACUUAUUCUCUUCUUUAGCUA